AUAAAACCACUUUUCCGGCUUGAAGCCUUGAACACCUCUGCAACUCAAGAUACGAGACAUGGCCAUGGCCUCACUCCCUUGCACUACCCACAUAGCGUUCCCCUCAAAAACCACUAAUUCUCCACCUCCUCCUCCCCUAAAGUUGAGUUCCCAGUUCCUGGGAACCAGAACCAGUCUCCGCCGGGUUGGCACCUCCAGAAUCGGACCCUCCAACGGAUCAAGAGCAAAAUGCUGGUUCAGGUUUGGGAAAAGUGGUGUUGAUGCUGAGGGUGCUGGCAUUUAUGGGAGCCAGUCAAGGGAUGAUUUUGACAGAGAUGAUGUUGAGCAGUAUUUUAACUACAUGGGGAUGCUUGCGGUUGAGGGUUCCUAUGAUAAGAUGGAGGCUCUCUUGAGCCAGAAUAUCCACCCAGUAGAUAUCUUAUUAAUGCUAGCAGCUUCUGAAGGCGACAAGCCAAAAAUUGAAGAGUUGUUGAGAGCUGGAGCUAAUUACAAUGUCAAGGAUGCAGAUGGACGUACUGCACUUGAUAGAGCUGCCAAUGAAGAAAUCAAAGACUUAAUACUUAGUCUUUCGACACAGAAGGCAUGACUGAGAUCAUGAAUGAACCUCCUCCAAUGUUGUAUUUUUUGUACACUGUUCUAUUGGUUAUGUAAUGAUUAUUAGUUAUGAAUGUUAGAUGCUACAGUCUUGUAUCAAUCGGCGGUUUACUUAUGCCAUUUUUAUUGCUGAUUUUGUUAAGAAAUCUUUUCGAUUAGU